UACGUUGUCUUUGACAGCACCGGUAUUGUCACGCUGCAGACUAGUUCAGCCUCUUGUGUCUACCAAAUGAGAUAGACGUGCCUUAUGGUUGUCUUAUUUUGGAUGUAAUGUUACUAUCUGCAGUCACCCAGUCAUAGUUUUGAUUAUUGUGCUGUUCAUUUCUUUUUUCCGUUCUGUCUGAAUCCUGCGCUGCCUGAAUGUCAGACUUGGAGAUGCCAGCUAAAACACAUGGAGUUGGAGUCUUCUUAGAGCUGAGGAAGAGACUCCAGACUGGACUUCUCAUUGUUGGGAAAGAUGUAGCCAAGAGUCCUGCAGAUGUAGCCGUGACAGGUGGAGAGUCUUCUCUCCACAUUCGGACUCCCAGAGGCGAACUGAGCCUGACUUUGCCAACAGGAGUCACCUUGGAGCAAGGAUCCUGCAUUCCUACACCUGCAGGAGAAUCCAGCGGAGAGGAGCUGCAUUUCAGGCUGCGUAUUAGCGUCACGAGAAGCCCAGAUGAAGAGGCAUCCGACAGCGUGAUGGAGACACUCCGGGCAAAAGAGACUUAUUGCUUCUACUGCCAGGGCUGCAUGACCAGGCUGCUGGAGGACAGAGUGUUCAAGCGAGUUCUUCCUCUUCCUAAUGGCAACUGGAACGCCAUCGUUGACGACUGGUGUUGCCACCCAGAUCCGUUUGCCGGAAAGCUGCUGCCCCGAGCAGACGACUGUCUAUUGGGCGACACCUUCUUCCUCUUGAACAGAGAUGGCAGCUGUCAACAUACUCUCACAGAUGAUGUGAGCCCAGUUGGCUCAGAGGACAGUCAAGAUUCAAAGAAAACCUGCCGCCGAGUGGCUCUGGUCUCCUGCAAGAGUUGUUCAUCAGUACUGGGAGAGGCUGUCGCACCAGAGACCCUGAAACUGUACAUCACACAGGUGGUUGUGGAGCCGGCUGUGGGAGACAGAGAGCCCGAAGCUUCACUUAACAGAUCUCUCUUUGUGGAGAGGACUUUAGCAGCCAGGCUGUUAGGGCUGUCCAGCUCAAUGAGUACCUUCCACUUCUCUGUCCAGACUCCUGAUGGAAAAGCAGUCUUAUUGCUGUGGCUGCUGAACAGCGACUCCAUUACAGCAACGGUCCCAAAGACGUGUGUCGGGGGUGAGAGGUCUAUCAGCUCCCUGGCUCUUCACAGUCCAUCACCCAGAGCUGCCAGAGCCCUGAAACUCCUCUACACCAACUGCUCUCACACAGGAGCCGAGCAGAGAGACAUUGUAACAAGUUGGGAGGUCAAUGCCAUAGGACAUCCUGUGGUGCUGCCGCUGACGGUGUGCGAGGAGCUGCUGCAAGUGAUGGAUGACAGCAACGCCACGCUUCCUGCAUCUAUGCGUUGCAUGAGGUCCUAUGAGGUGGGGUACCUGAGGCUGUGAGGUCAGAAGUCAGAUGCCAGGAGGUCAAGGCUCAACUCAUCACUCGUGGUAGAGAAUUCAAGAAGACCUUUGUCAGCUGUGGGAAACAUGUACUAUCUACUGUACGUCUGUAUAUGUUAAGGUAACACUGCACAGGUUUCUAGUAAGUAUCAGAAUAAAGACUACUGCAGGGAUGGCUUGUUUCAAGUCAUGUUGUGGUUUCUGGUUGUUCUGUCAACAUGUUUGGUAGUCUGUCAUCUGCUGCCAACAGAUUCCUGUUGAAACGGGUUGCUGCCAGGCUUCUGAAUGUUAUCCAUUAAAUACAAAAACUGGAGGAUAACGACAACUUUAAAACUGUUUUAUCACGAGGCUCAAAUGUUUGAAAAGCAUGUAUAUGUCCAUUGUUUGUCCAUUUCUAAACUUUAUUUUGUAUUUUGUGUUUGUUUUUUGUUUUUUUUACCAUUCUAGACAGAAGCAGAUUAAACUGUUUGGAAGUUUCACCUC